AUGCGACGCACGAAGCCGCAGCCACCAGCCACGGGAGAUCUACCCCGUGCCCGUUUGGACCCGUAUCAUCGGCCCUUCUCCAACUGCGGAGUGGACUACUUCGGGCCGAUGAUAGUGAAGAUCGGACACCGGCGAGAGAAGCGUUGGGGCGCGCUGUUCACCUGUCUAACGACACGCGCCAUACAUCUGGAGCUCGCCGCAUCUCUGUCAACGGAUUCGGCCAUCAUGGCGUUGCGCAGGAUGGCAGCGAGAAGAGGAUGGCCGAACAUUAUGUACUCAGACAACGCCACAAACUUCAGGGGAGCGGAUGAAGAGCUACGAGCGGCCUACAAGGAGUGGCAACCCGAGCUACGCAACGUCGGGCUACUGCAUCGGAUGGAGUGGCGCUUCAUCCCUCCGGGCGCACCCAACCAGGGAGGUGCGUGGGAACGGUUGGUGCGAUCAGUCAAAACCGCACUAACCGUCACCCUAAAGGAAAAGGCGCCGUCCGAAGAAACCCUACGGACGUUGUUGGCUGAAGUCGAACAUUCAGUCAACUCAAGACCGUUGACCCACGUGAGCGUCGACCCGAGGGACCCGGAGGCGCUCACGCCCAAUCCAUCAUCGGGCCUUCCCACAAUCGGACCCUGUGAAGACGUCGAUCGACGGGCAUGGCGAGCGGCGCAGGCGUUGGCGGACAACUUCUGGCGCCGGUGGAUAGCGGAGUACCUACCGACCCUGGUACCCCGCGGCGAGUCAACAAGAAGAGUUCGUCCGCUGCGCGUGAACGACGUGGUCGCCAUCGCCGACCAACAGCUGCCGAAGAACGUGUGGCCGCUGGGGAUCGUCCAGCGCACGUUCGAGGGACCCGACGGAGCCAUACGAGUCGCCGAAGUUAGAACAAAGAGCGGCAUAUUUCGACGCCCGGUGACGAAGAUCGUCGUGCUGCACCCGGAGGAGGAGGCUGCGCGAGCUACGCCGGGGGGAGGAUGUUAG